AUGACUCUCCCCUCCGAUCGAUUACAGCUGCUCUUUGAACGACAUUUGGAGUUAUUAGUCAAAUUCCGCACGCAGCUGCUAAAUCACUCAUGCUAUGAAGACGCGACGGAAGUGGAUGGAUUGAUAUCUGAAAUACACAGUGAGCUGGUAAAUGACAGCAGCCUCCAUGAAUCCUCGGUGAACUGUACUUCAAACGAAACAGUCAUCCAUCAUGCGCCCAGUGGUCCAGUACUUUCUAUUCCAGAAACAUGCCCGGUAAUGAAGUCAAACUCCAUCAACCCCGAAACAGCAUGUGCAGACAGUAACAUAUCCAGCUCACGAGAUCUCAUUGUUUUGCCAGAAAAUGUGUUUCACGCAUCAAAUAAUAACCAAGAACCUGGUACAGUUUUGUUGGACGCCGAUUAUCAUAAUGAUCCACUUACUAAAGAUUUAAACCCUAAUGACCUCAGAUCUACUGUCGCUGAUCCUCACCAUCUAGUCAGUCCUA